AUGUCUGCCACAAGAAGAUCGAGAAGAAUACAGCAAAGGUUCGUUUAUGGCUUAGUCGACCAGAAGUAUGCUGUGCUGACGGAUGUGAGUAGCAUUGACAACCCAUUGAAAGCCUACGACGACAGUGUUGUUCACCAUAAAUCGAAUCGCACCGAGCUCGAACAAUAUGUGCAUCAGUUCGCUGAGCGCAGUGAGCUGGGCGAUAAAUUUGAUUUGCUGAUCAAAGGUGCACGACUAGCUCGCGAUCACGCGGCGGCCAUGCGAAGAUACGCGAAUGUCUUCACUGAGCCCGAAAUUGAACUUCUGGACGAAAAGAAAGAACUGGGUCAGGGCUUUUGGAGGCAGUCCAAAUUCUUUCGUGCUACUAUUGUGACGGCGAGUUUGGGCGGAAUGAUCCAAGGAUGGACUCAGAGUGCCAUCAAUGGUACCGCUUACGGUAUGCCGAAAGAUGUCAAUCUAUGCAUCAAGGCUUCAGACGACUGUAAGCCUACAGCUAGCGAUCUAUGGCAGUUCGGCAUGCUGAUGGCAAUACCUCUGCUGUCCGCCGGGUUGUUUGGGACUAUUCUUGCGGAUCCACUCCAGGAGAACGUUCUUGGCAGAAGAGGCAGCAUAAUGCUGUCUUGCGCUAUCACCGUUGCCUCGACUAUCGGUGCAUCUGCGACAGACACGGUUGCUGGACUCGCCGUUUGCAGGAUGAUGAACGGUAUUGCCCUCGGCGCAAAAGCUUCAAUCAUUCCGAUUUACUCUGCUGAGAUGUCUCCGCAACAUAUUCGAGGUGCGAUCCUGGCGAACUGGCAACUUGCGGAUGCAGCAGGUCUAUUCCUUGGUUGCCUAGCAAAUCUGCUCGUGGUUAUCUACGUCUCCAACCCAUCCACUUGUUGGAGGGUACUCACAAACACUGUUCUGAUACCGACUGUUCCUUUGCUCAUCAUGAUAUACCUAAUGCCAGAAUCUCCACGAUACCUUAUGAAGCACGGCAAGUACAGGAGAGCUCUUGAGUCAUUUCAUCAAAUUCAGACCACACCGCUGUUGGCAAGUCGUGAUUUUGUCUUGACGCACACUCAGCUAGAUCUCGAAAGUCAGCUGUUGAAACGGGAUUUUGAUGGUAUGGAUAGUCCCUCGACGGAACCAAUCUCGCAUCAGCCUUCCCCAGACGCAAUAGUCUCGCCAAAGGCUGUUUCGCCAGGCCAACAUUUUGAAUAUGGAGUGACAGCAGGUGCUGGGGAACCAAGAGAUAGACAUCAACCGCUGUCCUAUUCGGAUGGCGACGGCCAGGUAGCGUUGGAACUUGGAGAACUCAGUGAAUCAAAUAACGACUCGAUGAUAAAGGAUCUUGAGAAGGCGUUCCGUCGACUCCAGGCAAAGAAUAACCCCUACUCGUAUCAUAUUGGCGUCACCGGGUACUUCGGUCGCAUGGCGCAACUCUGGAAAGUGAAGCGGUGCAGAAGAGCGCUCUUAUGCGCAUCAGUUGCGAUGAUUAGCCAGCAGCUGACAGGAGUCAACGCAAUCGCUGUUCUCGGUACAGUUCUUUGGGAGAGUCUCUUAACACCGCAUCCUCCCGACGACAAGCUUGUUGUACAGGAUCCGGCAAGGAAUGCGAAAGUUGCGGCGAUAAUCGGUCUCGCAUUCGGUGCAGCGAACUAUCUUGGCGGUCUUCCGGCAUACUGGUUGUCAGACAGAAUCGGCCGCUCUAUCAUGCUGGCGUUGGGCCUUCCGAACUUGGCAUGGACAAUGCUGGUAUUGGCGUUUAUGUUCAAGAUCGCCGAUCGCGCGGUGCGCAUUCCUAUGGUCAGCGUCUUCGCGGUUAUCUUUGUUCUUUUCUACGCUCCCACCGCAGGCACUUCACCUUUCUCGAUUGCGGCUGAAGUGUUUCCACUAGUCACCAGGGAAGCUGGAAUGGCUGUAUCUGUGGCAGUUAAUCUACUAGGUGCUGGGAUGCUCGUACUGGUAUUCCCGUUCGUGCUCAACAACAUUGGUCCGACAGGCGCGCUAUCCAUUUUUGCGGUGCUGAAUGUUGUGGCGUUCUUGCUGGUGUACCUCUUGUGCCCAGAGACAAGAAUGCGCAAGCUUGAAGAACUGCAGGACACUUUCGACUUAUCCACCUGGUGGCACAUAGAGUACCGUGCAGUGUAUGUCCAGGAACAUCUUAGGAGUAAUGUAUGGAACUAUCUUAGGGGAAAGCACGUCAAGCCGCCCUUGCCCUUUUAUCGAUGGGCUGUCAUAUUCCAUGGCGAUGGGGUUAUGAACUCUCAAUCGAAGUCCAAUUGUCCGGAAGCUUGA